CCUCCCACAGUAGUUCAAAGAUGUGUAAGACACUUAAAUUCAAAACCCCGACACCCCUGUACUCAGUGAGUUAGGCUUAAAUGUUCAAAAGUGAGUCAUGUCAGGACAUGACAAAAGCAUCGAAGCGUGUCAGCAGAACAGAGCAGACCCGAGGGUGGGGGGAACCGCGAAGCCUCUGCAGUUCAGUCAGUGUCGGCACAAAGCUUUUCACACACACACACAGAUGUGAGCAUGUGAGAGAAAUCUGCUGUGACGCUGAGCUGAGCCUUGGGUCAAGACCAGCCGACAGCACCAGGCUCACCCUGUCUUUCAUCCAGACCUGCAGUCCAAACGGGCUGCAGAGGAACAGCCAUGGAGGCUUCGAUUCAUCUGUUUUCUUCCUCUCAUCAUUCUGGAUCGCUGUUGGAGACAAUCAUGGGCCCACACGGCAUCAACCGAGCCGUCCAGAGACUGGAGUUUGCCGACUGCAAGAAAGGACUCGGUGUUAAAAUAAUCGGAGGCUACAAAGAGCUGACGGGCGAAGAGUUCGGCAUCUUCAUCAAGCGGGUGAUCGCCGGCGGCCUGGCUGCCCUGGACGGGAGGCUUAAGUCAGGUGACCUGAUUCUGGAUGUCAAUAAUAUCAGUCUGAUUGGAGCGACCAAUGAGAGGGCAGUGGAGAUCCUGAGAACAGCCUCUCUCUCCAACCACAUGUCACUGUUGAUCGCCCGGGAUGAAGAAUCCAGGAGAGAGUUUGCAGAGUUAAUGGAAAAAUAUGGCUCAAGCAACACCACGGCUUCCGGACGGAUCUCGCCCACUCAGUUAUCAUCAGGAAAACUAACGGACACAGCCUCCUCUUCCUCCUCCUCUCGAUCAGAAAGCCCCCAGCUGCUCAGUCCCAAAGAGGGAGUCACAUCCUACAUGCAGACUCCACACUACACAGCAAACCCCUCCUACACCGUGCACACACCUGUGCACAACUUCAGUGACAGUAUCAUCCAGCUGAUCUGUGUUGCCAAGGGAACAGGGCUGGGGCUCGUCAUCAGGGGCGGAGCUAACCGAGCUGAGGGCCCAAUGGUGUUCAUUCAGGAAAUUGUGAAUGGAGGAGACUGUCAGAAGGAUGGCAGGUUGCAAGUCGGGGAUCAGCUGGUGUCAAUCAACAAAGAGUCUCUGAUCGGAGUGACGUAUGAGGAGGCAAGGAGCAUCCUGACGCGCACCAAACUGAGACCGGACCCCACUGUGGAAAUCGCCUUCAUCAGGAGGAGGUCGUCGUCCAGCUCCAGCAGCGGCUCGCACAGCCCCAGCUGCCUGCAGGGGGAGAGCGGAGGGGGGCCCCUGGUGAAGGCCCCGGCGCUGUCCACCACUGUUCCCACAGUUGCCAAGAUCACUUCCAGCAGAAACCCCCCCUGUGAGACACUCCCAGCGGUGAAUGUAACCCAGGUACGAGUGUCUCCGGCCAGAACAGAGCAGGCAUGCGUCUCCUUGCCUUCGCGGAGUGACAACACUACCGUGACAAACCCCGACUCCCCCGCCAGUCUGCCCCCUCAAAGGAAGAGUUCCCUCAGUGCCACCUGUCGACUCAAACUGGAGCGGCUGGAGCAGGCCCUUGAUCUGAUUGGACUGAAACCCACAGAAGUUCAGCGGCACACACUUAUGUCCAGACUACAAGCCGACCCAGCUGGGACAGUGGCCUUCACAGAGUUUGACAGCUUGAUCCGGGAGCUGUUCAAGCCUCAGCUGGAGGAGCUGAUUACCCCCCAACCGGGGACCAGGUUUACGUCUGAUGACCUGUCUAGUAUGCAAGAGUCACGCCCCAAUCCGCAGGUUAAGCUGUCAGACUCUGAGGAUCUAGAAGAGAUGGAGAAGCUGAGAAAGGAGCACAUUGAGGCUCUGAAGGAGAUCAAAAGGCUGCAGGAACAGCUCCUGCAGUCCCAGAGAACGCAGGAGGACCUGGAGGAGGAUCUUAAGAAAACUAAACAGGAUGUUAAAGUGGGAGCAGAGGAGAGCAGAGCUCUCAGGACUCGCAUCCAGCAUGCUGAGGAGGCCCAGAAGCAGGCAAGGGGGAUGGAGAUGGACUAUGAAGAGGUGAUCCACCUCCUUGAGGCUGAGAUUGCAGAACUGAAGACCCAAAGAAUGGAACACCCAGCAUCAACCAAAAAGGAGCAGACAGAGGAGCUGAAGAGGAGGGUGACUGUCCUGGAGAGCCAGCUACGGAAGAGUGAAGCAGCCAGAAAGGGGUUUGAGAUGUCAACAGGAAAACUUCUAAGUUUUGUUGAGAGUGUUCAGGAGUUUCUACUAGAAAGUCAUGGACCCCCCAAGAGCUACAGCUCUGGAGAUAUCAAGGUGGCUCCUUCGUGUCACCACAGGAGAAGUCCGUGGACGGCGGCCACUCUAGCCCAGGAGGCGAAGGAGCUGACGCGGAGCGUCAGAGCCUUCCUGGAGGUGGACUCGCUGACCUUCUAGAAAACUCGCCGAGGCGCUGAGUCAUCAAGGCCAAACAUGGGUGGGCAUCUCCAACCUCGCUGCUGUUUUUCCCACCAGCUUCUCCUCUUCCUCGUCCCUUCCUGCUGAUGGACUCGUGAACCAGCAUGAACGCUGUUUACGCCCCAGAGAAGCUACCAGCAAUGCAGAAGUGAAGGCUGCCCCCCCCUCAGGCAGCAGAGACUUAACAAUGAGAGCGCAACCUGUGUGAAGCAGACGGACCACAUCAAUCCUGCCGAUUAGUGAUCCAAUCCCGUCAGACAAUCAUUCUAUUGAGAUUUUACAAGUCGAACCAAAAACGUUUUUUGCUCCAAAUUGUUCUUUUUAAACUUUUUAUAAAUAUUGAUUUUGCACUUUUACUCAAAUCUUUUCCAAAAUAAAGAAAUCAAUUUGUCUUUAAAUUGAUAACUGAUGCCUGACUGAUGAAUGAAAGGGACUCAAACAUUGGUGUUGUCCUUCAGCUGUCUCCCAGCCUCUGUCUCUGUAACAGUCAAUACCUUCUUCAUGUAUCAGCCUCUAGAAUUCAGUAUCAACUUCAGCAUCUCAGUGUGACAGCUAGAUCACCACUUCCCGCAAAGUGACGUUUGCUCUUUGUUUAGCUUUGUGUUGGAGUGGCUGAGCGCCAUAUUUGUGACAUAGACUAGCCGACAACGCAGCAUCAAACAGCACAGGAGCAUGCCAUAAUCCGUUCUUGGAGCCUUCUGAGGCUGCCGGUCUGUGAAACACUGUCUGUUGGACCAGCUAGGCUGUAAUGGAUGUGAAUUAAAGAGUUCUGGUUUUGAGUGA